AUGUUUGACGAGUUGCGGGGCUUUAGCUUUUCUGGCGGAGGCUUGGGCACGUGCCGCACAGUCUUAACUCUGCCCAACAUACUAAAGGUCUUCAAUCCGAAACUUUAUGGCUAUGCCACGAGUCACAGUCUGGUCGUAAAUCAUGAGACUUCGCACCUCAACAUUGCCAAACCAAUGCUAAUGUCGCACUAUCUGCUGUAUCACGUACGUGUGCUCGUCGAUCUGAUGCACUGGAAGCUGAUCACCGUGUUCGUGGGCAACAAUGAUCUCUGAUCCGAUAGGUGUCACUGGGACGAUCAGGAGAAAGUGCUCGAACGACACGCUCGAGAUCUUCGUGAAGCUUUUCGACUGCUCCGCGAUAACGUGCCUCGGCUACUGCUGGCAGGGCCAAAUAUUUUGACUACGAUGGGUGGACUGAAAGAUGUGCCACUGCAAUGCUUUUUGAUACAACGCAUCUGUUGCAAUUGUCUGCUGAGCGAUCGUCUGUCCGUUGCCGAACUCCAAAAGCGCCACUACAUGAUUCAGCGCUGGCAACAGGUGGAUUUGGAGGUGGCACGCUUGCCUGAGUUUCAGAGCGAGGACUUUGCAAUUAUUGGCCAUCCUAUGAUUACGAAUCUUUCGUAUUCUAUAUUCCUUGAAGUGUGUUGUGAAUGA